UGUUCUGUGUGAGAGGCGGGGCGAAGAACCGGAAAGGGCGGGUCCCAGCGUGCUCGGAGCCCCGACCCAGUCCCGGGCACAGGGGACUCAGGCCCGGGAGGGAGGGAGGGUUCCUGGGAGGGAACCCGGGAAGGAACUUGGGAAGGGCCUAGCCACCCGCAAUGGGCUCCGCUGACUUGGACGUGACCAUUCAGAUCCCGGAUCCACCCCACCUGCGCUGUCUGGAGCUAGGAUACCUGCUUUACAGUUUCCUGGUCAGACUUGGAGCGUGGGAACCCCACAGGGGAGGGCCAGAACAGCCAGUGACACAAUGCCUUGAAACAGGGAAGAUCAGAAAAACAAGCACGGAUAUCGAGAGGAGAGAGAAAGGGACCGAGCAGCCGGUGGUGAUUCUGCUGGGCUGGGGAGGCUGCACAGACAAAAACCUGUCCAAGUACAGCAGCAUCUACUACAACAGGGGAUGCAUCGUGAUCCGAUAUAUCGCCCCCUGGCAGCUGGCCUUCUUCUCGGAGCCCUUCGGCAUCCCGGCCCUGCGCAGCCCUGCCAAGAAGCUGCUGGAGCUGCUCUUCGACUAUGAGAUCGAGAAGAAGCCUCUCCUCUUCCACGUGUUCAGCAACGCGGGGGUCAUGCUGUACCGCUACGUCAUCGAGCUGAUCCACACCCAUCGCCAGUUCAGCCACCUGCGCGUGGUGGGCACCAUCUUUGACAGCGCUCCCGGCAACCGUAACUUGGUGGGGGCCGUGCGGGCCCUGUCGGCCAUCCUGGAGAACAAGCGGCCCGCCUUGCGCAUCUUCCUCCUCCUCACCUUCGCCGUGGCCGUGGUCAUCAUGCGGCUGCUGCUGUCUCCCAUCACCGCCCUCUUCCACGUCAACUACUACGACGCGCUCAUGAAGCAGGCGUCGCGCUGGCCGGAGCUCUACCUCUACUCCAAAGCUGACCGGAUCAUCCGGGCCAGCGACAUCGAGCACAUGGUGGUGGCCCGGCUGGAGCAGCAGGUGCUGGUACGGGCCGUGGACUUCACCGCCUCGGCCCACGUCAGCCACAUGCGGGACUACCCCACCUACUACACCAGCCUCUGCCUCUCCUUCCUGUACAAUUGUGUGCACAGCUGAGAGGGCUCAGCCCCUGGCCUGCCUCCAUCAGUGCCCCCUGCCCCCCAGAAAUAAAAGUUGGCUUCCCCUCCA